CGUCACCAUGACAACAGGCUCUAAUGGAGACAGAAUUGAGGGAGGUCCCUCCUCCUGAAAUACAUAACCCCUGUCUUUGAUCUGGCCUGCACUUGCUCUCCGUCUCUCUGCUGCACUGAGACUGCUGUGGGGAGCAUGUCCACUGACUGUGUGAGGUCACUCUCAGACAAAGCCGAACACACGCUCACCAUGCACGAACAUCUCUAUGGGAACGCUGAAAUGGACAAUCAGAAGCACAGCUCCGAGGAACAUCAGCAGGACAAACUGGGACAGAAGAAACCCCGCAGGAAGGACACUCCCGUCCUCAACAGCCCUCCACUCAUACCAGGCGUGAGAUUGAUGAAGACAGAGGCUCGGAUGAUUCAUCAGGAGGAUGAGGAGAAGGAGAUGAAGAAGUAGACGUGUUUCAAACAUUUAGUUUUCAUUGUCGCUAGUGUUAUUUUUGGUUGUCGUCUGAGCUUUCAUUAAAUGUAGGUUUUGCAAAUA